GACGGGUCAGAGCGUGCCAAAGCGCACAGAGCGACGGGAAUCAUGGAGAGACGAUGCCCGCACGGGAGGACUUGGCCAUCUAACGGACUGCGACUUUUAACGUCACUCCUCACCUUGUACGGACUUACCCGCGUGAGCGGUAACCAGGUGAUUGUUCCUGAGAAAGUGAAUGCGGUGCUGGGGAAGAACAUCACGCUGGGCUGCAGAAUCGAGGUGGGCUCCAACCUCACACAAAGCUCCUGGGAACGGCGCUUGCCUUCGGGCACCAUCACCCUGGCGGUUUUCAACCCUAAGUUGGGAAUCCACAUCCCUCCUGACUUCGCCAAGCGCAUCUCGUUUGUUUCCCCCUCCGCACGUGACGCCACCAUCACCAUCGAAGGGGCGGGCUUUGCAGACGUCGGGUCCUACACCUGCAAAGUGGUGACGUUCCCUCUAGGCAAUUCGCAAGCAUCGACCUACGUUAAGGUGUUAGUGGAGCCGAAGGUCUACGUGUCGGCCGGCCCCGCCGCCCUGCUGGCCGGUGGGAACGAGUCACUGGUGGCCACCUGCAUAGCGGAGCGCGGCCGGCCCGCCGCCGAGGUCUUCUGGGAGACGGAGCUGUACGGAAGGAGUGAGAAGCAAAGUCAGGACGAGCCCAACGGCACCACCACCGUACAAGUGCACUACAUGUGGCAGCCGCAGAGCUACGCCCAGGGGAAGGUGCUGACCUGCGUGGUGCGGCACCCGGCCCUGCAGACGGACUUUCGCAUCCCGUACAUGCUAAAUGUUCAGUUUGAACCAGUGGUGUCAAUAAUAGGAAUUGACAGUAAUUGGUAUGUGGGUCAAAAGAAUGUGAAGUUCAUCUGUGGAGCUAAAGCCAACCCACCUGCUCGUCACUUCACAUGGACCAGGUUGGAUGGAUUGAUGCCGGAUGGCGUUGAGAAAUCAAACAACAGCUUUUCAUUUACUCGCCCGCUGGAGCGCAACGACUCCGGAGUCUACCGCUGUGAGGUGAUCAACGACAUUGGGCUCCGCAGUCAAGACGUGAACCUCUGGGUACAAGAUCCUCCGCCCACCACGGCGGCCCCCAGCACCACUGCAUCAGUCCUCCGUCACACCACUGCAACAGGCACUGCUGUGGACCAGCAACGAGCCCUGUUCACCUCCCCGACCCUGGCCUCCUUACACGACAGCAGCCUGGGUACCAUUGUGGGCGGGGCUGUCGGCGGAGUCUUAUUCCUGAUCCUCUUGCUGAUCCUCUGCGGAGCCUGCUUCAUGCGGCAGCGCAGGACCUUCAGAGGGGACUACUACACCAAGCAGUACCUGGGACCCUCCGACAUGCAGAAGGAGUCUCAGCUGGACGUGCUGCAGCCGCACGAGCUGCAGGAGGUCUACGGGGACAAGAUGAGCAAAGGGAGCCAGGAGCUGAAACCCAAACUGGGCGGGGACAUCAUUUACCCCGACUACACCCCUGACCACAAGGACAGGGACGACUGGGCCGACAAGGGGGAGGCCCACAGGGGCCUCAAGGAGGGAAACUUCUACCCGGAUCAUUACAACAACCAAAACGUGCACCCCUGCGGGCCCCCUGUGCACGGCCCCCCAGUGAUCAACGGCUCCCCCUACCUCCCGGAGGACUGCUAUGACAAUGGCACAGACAGCGACUACGUGUCUCACAUGGACGGGUCGGUGAUCUCACGCAGGGAGUGGUAUGUUUGAGGAGCCGAGCGGAGGGAAAAAACAGACAAAUGAACCGACUGACUGAGAAUGAUUUAACCAGUGAGACAGAAAUAUCAUUAAAGGAUGAGUAGGAGCUCUUUGAACAAUACUGCUCUGCCUUGAUUGUUACCACUUAACCUUAAGGACCAUGUUUGUGGAUUGUAUGACACUUUUGACGCCUUUCAAGGAGCUGCAAAAGAUCUGCAACCUCUCUGUGACGCUAUGUGUGCAGGCUUAAGAGAAGUUUCAACUGACGUGAAGGAGGUUUUGUAUUCUGCUUGUUUGUGUUUGCACCUGUCUUAAACACAGGUCAAAGGUCAGGUGUUCCGCUUCUUGUUAGUGAGGUAUUUAUAUGCCCGAGCUCUGCUCCCAUAUAACUUUACGACGUGGCAUUUACAUAACUUUUUAUUUGAUUUACUUCCAACGAUUUCAUUCUGUUAAAUGGUUUAUCAUGGCUGCAACCAGUAUUUAAAGUAAAUAACGCAUGCGUUUUCUUAAAGCAAAAUGUAUCUA